CAGGACAAAAUGAGAUUGGUAAAAACAAAGGAAUACAUUUUAACAGGAUCUUUAUUAUGAAUUUGUUUUUAAAUCUUAUUAGACUUUGUAUACGCCAGAAGUGUAAUCGUUUUUCAAUUUGUUUGAAAUGUCAAAUUAUCGAUGAACGAACUCAGAAUUGUAGUUGUUAUUGACUGACGUGUAAUGUUUCCAACGGCUUACACUGAAGAUAUCGCACAGGUCACGUCACUGAAGAAGAAACCAGGUGUUACUAGCGAUGUGCAUAACUCGGUUGAAAAUACACAAAUCGUCAAACACCAAAACAACAGGGAGCUAACACUCAAUAUGUUAGUUAAAGAAAUGGUUUUCUGCAUAGCUCUUGCACUGACAACUUAUGGAGCUCUUCAUAAUUCGCCAACAAAAAUUUCAAAUCAUCCUCAGGCUGUAAGAUUUUUUGACUAUGAUUCUGUAGUCACAGAUUGGUACAGAGGUCAGCUCAGUAAAGCCCUUACAGUCAUCAAUAGUGUGGAUAUAUCGUUUGUCAUGUAUUAUGCACCUUGGGAUGCUGAGUCACAAUAUGUUCGGGGAGAGUUUGAAAAAGCUGCGUCAGUUUUAAGUAAAAGAGUACAUUUUUCUGCAAUCAACUGUUGGAAUCCUGGCAGUGAAUGUCGUUUACAACAUAACAAAAUACCAUCAUGGCCUAUUUUGAUGGCUUAUACAGUCACAUCAAGAGGUGUACUUUACAAAGGUCCUCGAGAUGCUCACAGUAUGGUAAAAUUUUUAAGAUUAAUAAUGUACCCACUUAAAAGGGUGUCAUCAACAGAAGACCUUGUUAAUAUGCUUUCCAUGUGUGAAGCAGUGGCAGUUGCUUACACACCCCUCAAGGAUACAUCAAAGUACUAUAACAUUUGGUAUUAUGUAGCACUCAAAUCUAGAGAGUAUGACACUAUUGGUGAGAUCUGUUUUGCAACAGUCACAUCUGAAGAUUUGGCGGCAGAAUUAGGAGUUGAAACUCUACCAAAUGCUCGUCUCAUGCUGUGGAAUGAUACUAAGGAAUAUAUUACUGAAGAUCAUAUGCAGCUAUGGAAUGAAUCUUCUCUUCUGCAAUGGGUCUUAGAAAACUUCACUCAACCGGUAGCUAGAAUCAUACCAAUGUGGAAAAAAGCGUUUAGUUUCGAAAAAUAUGCAGACGGAAAUCCUAUUUUAAUGUUAUUUACACCACUUAAUCCAUUGUACCAACAAUUACCUACAUAUGAUUUGUUGCGUGAAGUUGCUAUGGAAUAUUAUAAUUGUAAUAAUAAUGAAACUAGCCAAUGGAUAUCAGAACUGAUAAAAUUGCAACAAGUGCAGAGGUUACUAUACCAACAGAAAGACUUCAAAAAAUAUUGUCAAGAGUAUAAAUUCAGAAAACCUGCUAGAAAAUCUCAUAAAGAUUAUAAAAAAGAAGUAAUAUCACAAAAUAAUAAAUACCCUUGGAAUAAUAUAACUCAAAAGAAUCAGAAAAGUGAAACAUUUACUUCCCUCUUACGGAAAGGAUUAGAUAUAUCAAAAUCAAUAAAAAAUAUUGAUGAUGAAUCUGAAAUGAUAUCUACUUUAGCUUUACUUCAUCAAUGUGAUACCACUGGCAUGCCGGUUGAAAAAGAAUUCAAUGAAAUAUACGAAAAAUGUGAAAAAUAUGAAGAAAACUUGAACAACGAAGAAGAAAUGAAGAAUAGAGAUUCAAGUUUCCAAACAUCAAUGUUGCCAUUUGAAGAUGAUCCUUUGUCACCAGAAAAUCUUGUACAAGAUAGUGUGAAGGAUUUCUGUAAAGUAUUUAAAUUUGCCAAUGAAAUCGGCAAUCCAGUGGCGCCGGCCAAAGUUCAUGGUUCUCGUAGCGUCACUCGAGUUGAAGGCCUUGCUUGUAAAAAAAACUUUACAUUGCACAUUUUAGCCAUUGACAGUGUUAGAAAUCACCACUUUGCCGAGUUCCUGGGAGUUGAUAUCAGGAAAAUGAAAGAUAUGACUGCUGCCAUCAUUUUGGAUACCAAGUUAGAGACUCAGUAUGUUUUAUCAGAAGAGUACAGUGCCAAAUCCGUCAGAGAUUUUAUUUAUAAUUACACUUACAAGAACAUUAAACGUUCGCUGCGAACGCACGUGGAGGACGCGUCUCACACACACUACUACGGAUCCGACGGGGAUUCCCCGGGCGUAGCGGAGAACCACCGCAAUGAAAGCGUUAUAACCGUAGUCGAUCUCACUACUAGGACUUUCAGGAAAAUUGUCAGGACACCGGGAACGGUGAGUCUCGUAGCCGUAUGCGGCGGUGCUUGUACCGCUUCGACGACGCGAGCUCUAUUGGAAGCAGCGCGCCUGUUAUCCGCCUGUGAAUUGGCCGUAACGCCGGCGCGGCUGGACGCGAUCCGUCACGAUCUGCCGUGGCACUACACCGUACACCACUACCCGACUGUGUUCGUGUUCCCUCCGGAUAGGGUCCGCGAGGCUGAUAGCAGAGCAUAUCCGCCUGGUGCUCGCGUCACGUCGAGCGGAUUGGUGGCACUGGCACUUCGGGCACUGGGGCCGCUGCAGCAUCUGCGGGUGCGGCUGGCGUUAUGCGCCAAUACAAAGAUAUCUGUGGAUAAAAAAGUAUGCUUACGAGACAUCAGAGAGCAUGUGACGACAUUCAUAGCCAGAAAUCUUAAGUAUUGGCGUCGCACCUCACACACAGAACUUAAAGACGCCUUUCUUAAAAGACUGCAGAAUCUACAUGAUGUAUCAUUAAAAUUAAGCUUACUUCAUACGUCAGAUCUAAAUGGAAAUAGUGAUAUACAGAGGAGUUUAUUAGAUUCACUUAGUAUUUUAACCAAAAGUUGGGAUUUUGAUCUAUCUUUAUUAAGAAAAAAUGUCAAGUUAAUAAAUAACGCUACUACAAGUUGAUAUUCAAAUAUAUAUCAUGCAAUUGUAAAUAGUGUACAUUGCUCAUUUUAUAAAGUACCUAUGUAUGUUAUUUAUUUUUAGAAAAGAAAAUAUUAUUAAUAUGUUGACAAAAAAGUCACUUAAAUUUAUUGGUUUUAUUGAUACUUAUUUCUUACAUGGUUCUGUCAUCAACAUCGUUAUCAGUCUAGUCUUAG